AUGACAAACACUGGAACUCGAAUUGAGAGCUUCCAAAGACAAGCCAUUAUAACGCAAGAAAGUCAUUCAAACCAGAUAAUUCCCUAUGGCUAUGGAAGUAAUAAGUUAGAUGGUAGUGUUGCAUUUAGAGCAAACAGGCAACCAUCUGUCCAAUAUCAAAAAGUUGUCCUACAGAAAGUUCCUGAGAAGCAGCGAUUUCAGGAUCUUGAGCAUUCAUCGAUCAUGGGAAUCUGCCAACAAGAUGAAGCAGAAAACUUAGAAAAUGAUGAGCAUCGGCUGGAUGAUCUUUGGAAAGAAAUGUCAUUAGAUAUGGAGUGCUCAAAGAAUCCUAAUUAUGUUGAGCCAGCUGCUGUGCAAGAAGAAGAAGAAGAAUGCAAGCACCUCCCCGUACUUCAGGAUGAUCUAGGCAUUGUUUGUCGUAUCUGCGAAGUUAUUCAAAGAAGUAUCGACACAAUAUUUGAAUACCAAUGGGCAAAGGCCCCACGGGCAGCAAGGACGCUCAUGUCCAGAUCAAGAAACACCAAGGAUGAGGGCUUCAUGCAGGAAGAGGAAACUGAGGAGGAUCUGAUUGGUGUAAUAGAGGUAGAACUUGCAUCCAUUGAGACUUGUCUAAUGGAUACUGCUGCUCUUUUUGAGGCUCUAAUGUUGGUGGAUUUGAUGGAACGGCUUGGAAUCCAAAGAUACUUCGAACACCAAAUCCGACGUAUUUUACGCACAAGCUACAUGCAAUGGGAUGAUAAGUAUGGGUUGAAUGAUGCAAAAACCACAGUAUUAGCCUUUCGCUUGCUAAGGCUUCAUGGCUACCCAGUCUCUGCAGGUGUCCUUAUGGCUUUAGAGGAGGGAAAAAGGAGCUUUUAUGAAUGUUUCUCCGUCGAUUCACCAACCAAUAUAUCAGCUAUGUUGAACCUGUAUAGAUGCUCUCAGACAGGCUUCCCGUCUGAAUCAAAAAUCAUGGGAGAAGCACAGGAAUUUGCAAGGUCCCAACUCCUUAACGUCUUGUCAGAGGGAAACCCAACUCUGUUGCAGGCCAACAACCUUGGGAUGGAGGUAAAUUUUGCAUUGGAAUUACCUCACCGACGCCUCAUGCCAAGAUUAGAGUCAAGAAGCCUUAUAAAACAAUUGUGGCCAGGAAAUGAAAGUACAAGAAAAUAUUUAAAACUUGCAAAGUUGGACUUGCAAAAGUUGCAGAAGCUAUAUCAACAAGAGCUGGAGGAAUUGGAGAGAUGGUGGCAGCGAUUUGGGUUUGAUGAAGUGAAAUGUGGACGUAAGAGGCUUGGACAAAGUUACUUUGUAGUGGCACCAACUAUCUAUGAACCUCAAUUUUCAUCUUUUCGGCUAGCCUAUGCCAAGGGAGCAGUCUUGAUCACCAUUCUUGAUGAUCUCUUUGAUGACAAAAGCAAUGACCUUCAAGAACUUCGGCGCCUCAACGAGACUUUCACGAGGUGGGACUCAUCUCUUAUCAAUGAUCUUCCUCAACACAAGCUAGUAUUCGAAGGCAUAGACGGUACCUAUCUAGAGCUGGCAGCAGAAGCCAACCGAGUUCAGGGUCGCGACAUCCUUCCCAUAUUCAAGCAUAUGUGGGCAGAGUGUGCAGCUUGCUUUCUAAAGGAAGCAGAAUGGAUGCACAGCGAACGCAUUCCGACCUACGAAGAAUACAUGCAAUGCACCAAGGUCUCUAUUGGAGCGAAAAUAAUAACAUGGACAUCUGCAUUCUUGCUGGGAGAGAAGAUCACAGAUGAGAUGCUCCGCCACAUUGGUCCUGACUCACGCUUCACGGACCUCGUUUCCGUCGUUUGCCGACUUUCCAAUGAUCUUGCCUCCUCUUCGAGGGAGCUCGAGGAGGGAAAGUUGACCACGGGGGUUGGCUGCUACAUGAGGGACCACCCAGGCUGCACCCAGGAGGAAGCCGUGGUAGGUCUCGCCAAUGUGAUUGAGUUGGCCUGUCAGGAACUGGAGUGGGACUCCCGGCGGAGGACGCGGAGGGCGCGGCGGUGGAGCGCCUCCACGCGGAGGAAACAGCGGGAGACGAGGCGUAAAGACUUUCGGUCUCCGGAGUCCGGCAGCCGGUCCAUGAUCUGGACCAAGAGGUCCACGGAUAGUACGGCCAGGAUCGAAUUAGGGGGCUUUUCUUUUCCUUCUCUCUUUCUCCUCUAUUUCUUUUCUUCUCUUCCCCUUUCUCCAGAACCUUCUCUUCCUCCCUUUCCCCACUUCUCCCGUUCCUUUCUUUCCCUCUUCACCUCCUUCACUCUCUAACGCCCUCUCUCACCCUGACACAUUCUCUCUCGCUCCCCAAGCCCUCUCUCUUCCUCUCUUUAUUCUCCCGACUUCUUCUAUUUCUCUUUUCCUCUUUUCUCCUCUCUUUUCCUCUCUUUCCCUCUAUUCUCUCGACUUCUUCUCCUCCCUUUCUUCUUCUCAACCCUCCCCCUCCCUCUUAACUCCUCACCCGAAGCCAAGAAGGAGAGGUCCUCCGCACGAGAGGGGCCGGGCCACGGCCGGCGGCGCCCUGCGGCUUGCGCCCGCGGCCAAGCCGAGGCCGGCGGCUCCCGCGACGUCCGCGGCCGCUCCCCACGACGCCGGCGAUGGCCGCACACAGGUGAGUCCCCGCCCCCUUCUUCCCCCUUUUCUUCUUCUUCUUUCUUUCUUUCUUGCUUCCUCUCUUUCUUUUUCUCUUUUAAUUUACCUAUCCUCCCGAGUGGAUCGGGAGGAGGAAAGGCAGAGAAAAUGGAAACAAGGUGGUCGGAAGGCUUACCUAUUUCGGGGUUGAACUGCAACGAUCCCUGCUCCGGCGCCUCAGUGGUUGCUGGUUCAGGAAUUCCUCUCUGAGGAAGAAGGAGGGGCACUAUAAGAGGGCUAGAAAAUAGGGCUUCUUAGGCGGUGAUAACCACUUUAGCGGUCGGCAGCUGUCUCUCCCUUCCGCCGGCAGCUGUACCUCUCCGAAGUAGGACCAUAGGAGGUGGUGGCCUCCAGAUGGGCUGCCGACCUUGGUCCAGGUCGGCCCAUCUGGCGGCCCAGUCCCAGUAGUCACAAUACACAUACAUAUGACAAAUACUAGCAAGCUGUCCGUGACACUUAUUUUCAGGUCACAUUCUAACAUGAAAUGUAGGCAUUUCAAGUCUUUUAGCUUUACGUAAAUUGCUUUAAUUCUGAUUUGUGUAGGUAAAUUUUGUAUUGGAAUUUUUCCGUCAAUGCGUCCUGCCUAGAUUAUAGACAACAAGCAUCAUAAGACAAUUGUGGCCAGAAAAUGAGAGUACAAGAAAAUAUUUAAAACUCCCAAAGUUAGACUUUCAAAAGUCGCAGAAGCUAUAUCAACAAGAACUAAAGGAAUUUGAGAGGUUAGGAUGAUAAGUCAUAUGCUUUAAUGGUUGUCAACUAAUUAAGAUCUAAGCCAUUGGAUGAAAACAAUAAUUGUUUGCUGACCAUAUUUGGAUACAUUAAUUGACAACACUAUCCCUAUAAUUAUGGCUGGCCAUGAGCUAGCUUAGGUCAGGUUUGGAUCAAAUCAAUUCGGGGUUGAGUUAAGAACCUCAACCCAUAACCAACCAAUCAUAAUUAAUUCCAAAAGAACAAAUCCAUACGCAACCUAUUUAUUUCAUAAAAGCCCAUACCUACCUAUCAACCUCAAAUAGCAUGUUACUUAUCUAUAUUUAUAAAAAUAAAUAAAAGCAAAAUAAUCUUAAAAUAAGGUAUUUAGAAUGGCCGAUCCAAACAAAGUAAGAAAGUGUGGGACAAAAUUUAAGUGGAAAAAGUGAUAAUUCCAAAACAUGCUACACUCUCCUCUUUCUUUUUAUUAUAUCUUAUUUAUUUGCUAAACUGUUAGUUAUGCAACUUUUCUAGUCAAAUCAACAAUCUUUAUAGAGCAUGGUAUAUGAUGUAGCUAUCACUUUUUUAAAAAAAAUUAAUAAUGAAUCUAACUUAACCGAAAUGUUUUAUCUAGAAUAACCCAUCCAAUUAAAUUUUUUUCUCAAAUCUUCAUUCUACACUUGCUUUCUAAAUGCUUGAUCACUAAAAAUAUCUCUAAAUAUGCAUUUCUAGUAUUUUGUACCCACUCUUGAUCUUAGCAAUUAAAAGAUAGAUUUUAAAGAUUUAUAUUAUACUUGCAUUGACCCUUCAGGGAGACAGGCUAAAUCUACACCCGAUCCAUUUCUAAUAGAAUUGGUCUUAACUAAUUCAUAGCAUUUGAUUUAUAUUCUAAUUGAUCUUGACUAACUUAUAUUAUCUAUUUUAAAAAAAAUCAAACCAAAAUCCAUUAUUUUGGAUGAGUUUUGAUGGGUUAGUGAAUGCAGAUAAAAAUUGCGACUCUUCUCAUGGCCUAGACAGGGAGAGAAUUUAGGUUCGAUCUUGACAGGUGAAGGGGUAUUCUUGCCACUAUCCUCAUCACUCCGGAAAAAAAAAAAAAAAAAAAGAGAAAAACAAACAUGCAUAAGCAUUCGGAUAUGUGUGUGCGAGUGAUUUAAUUUAGCUACAUGCAUGCACCGGAUGCUUGUCUUGUCAAAUCAUGUAUAUGUACACCAUAUUCUUUUAAUUCUCAAUAUUAUUGCACGGA